AUGGUCUUUGCCAUGGAUGAUAAAUCCAACAAACUCCUUUUAGUUCCUGUUUUGACCGUUUUGUUUGUCAUGAUUGGCUAUCAGUACAUCUGUCCAGCGGGUAGCACGUCCUGUCGGUUUGGGAAUGGAGAGAGUUUUCCGUUCUCCAAAUAUCCCUCAGACGUCAACACAGAAUCUCCGGAUCCGGACGAGGAUGCUACUUUUAGGUUCCAGUCCAAAUUCAACUUCACGCGCGACGACCUCGAGCGCCACGUGGAUUUCGACAUCAAGGGGAACGACGUGAUCGUGUUCCUCCACAUCCAAAAGACCGGAGGAACGACGUUCGGGAGACACCUGGUGCGGAACAUCCACCUGGAACGCCCUUGCGACUGCCGCUCCGGCCAGAAGAAAUGCACGUGUCACCGACCCGGGAAAGCGGAGUCGUGGCUCUUCUCGCGCUUUUCCACGGGCUGGAGUUGCGGUUUGCACGCGGACUGGACCGAGCUCACGAACUGUGUCCCUGCUGUGAUGAAUAAAAAGCAAAAGAAAGACGCGCCAUUGAAUGGGCGGAACUUCUACUACAUCACGCUGUUGCGGGACCCCGUGUCGCGCUACCUGAGCGAGUGGAAGCACGUGCAGCGCGGUGCCACGUGGAAGACGGCGCUGCACAUGUGCGACGGGCGUCCGCCCACUCCAGACGAGCUGCCGGCCUGCUACAGCAGUGAGGACUGGACUGGCGUGUCUCUCGAGGACUUCAUGGCCUGCCCCUCAAACUUGGCCAACAACCGGCAGACUCGCAUGCUGGCCGAUCUCAGCCUGGUGGGCUGCUACAACCUGUCCUCCAUGAGCGAAGAACGGCGCGCCGAACUGCUCCUCGGCAGCGCCAAGCGCAACCUGCGGCGCAUGGCCUUUUUCGGCCUAACUGAGUUCCAGCGCAAAACACAGUUCCUUUUUGAAAGGACGUUCGGCUUGCACUUCAUCGCCGCCUUCACUCAGAUUAACGGUACCCGGGCGGCCGGGGUCACGGUGGGGACGUCCACCCGGAGGCGCAUAGAGGAGCUGAACGCACUAGACGUGCAGCUGUACGAGUAUGCAACUGAGCUUUUCUCGCGCCGUGUGCAGUACUGCCACCAUCAGGAGCGACAGGAGGAGAGGAAGAGGAAACGAGAGCAACGCAGGAGAACGAAGCAACAGAAAGCAUCACAGAUUCAACAACAGGAGGACGACGAGCGGAAAGAUGCAGAGGAGGAAAUGGAGUUAACUGGUGUGACGGAGGACUACAGCAGUCAGGUGGUGAGGUCUCCUACUCCUCCUUCUCUUGUGUUUGAUGGUCAGUGAACCCGGGCCCAUUUAAGACCUUCAUAAAGAACUGUACCAGCAAUUGUAAUGUUUUAAUCCAUUCUGAUGAAACUGGAAACAUCACAUGACAACAUGGCAGACUUAUGAUUACUGAUUAGAACAAAUAUGACUAUAAUAGCCAUUGAAAGGAGCAACAACUGAAUGUUGUUUGACUGAAAACCAUUUUGCAAUACCAAACAGUAUCUCUGUUUGUUUUUCUCUUUUGGAAGAUGUUAAAAUAAGGGUCAUGUAUAUGUACAGUGGACACACGUCCAAAAGGUCUGACUAGACCAGUUUGUCUACUUGAAUCUUUUUGUGCUUGCCUGUUUUCCUCAGUUUGUAAAGAGUGUGAGAUUGUGAGAUAAUACAAAUGAAAUUAAUAGAAUGAGAAUGUUUGCAUGGUCACAACUAAAUUGAUUUGUUUUCCAAGUGUACUUAUUGAGUCAAAUAAAGAAGUAUUAUAUAUCUGAAAAUAAUUAGCAUCUGUUCAUUUUGCUCCA